AUGGGCAAGGACCAGGAGCUGGUGCAGGCGGUGAAGGCGGAGGACGUCGCGGCCGUGCAGAAGCUGCUGCAGAGGCCCAAGCCCGGCAAAGCCAAGCUCCUCGGAUCAGCAAAGAAAGUCAACGUCAACUUCCAAGACACCGACGGGUUCUCAGCUCUGCACCAUGCGGCGCUCAACGGCAACACGGAGCUCAUCUCGCUGCUGCUGGAGGCGCAGGCUGCGGUGGACAUCAAGGACAACAAAGGCAUGCGGCCCCUGCACUACGCGGCUUGGCAAGGCAAGAAGGAGCCCAUGAAAAUGGUGCUGAAAGCGGGUUCCUCCGUCAACAUCCCAUCGGACGAGGGCCAGAUCCCCCUGCACCUGGCAGCACAGCACGGGCACUACGACGUGUCGGAGAUGCUCCUGCAGCACCAGUCCAACCCCUGCAUCAUGGACAAUUCGGGGAAGACGCCCCUGGACCUGGCGUGCGAGUUUGGCCGGGUCGGGGUGGUCCAACUGCUCCUGAACAGCAACAUGUGCGCGGCGCUGCUGGAGCCCAAGCCGGGGGACGCCACGGACCCCAACGGCACCAGCCCCCUGCACCUCGCCGCCAAGAACGGCCACAUCGACAUCAUCCGGCUCCUGCUGCAGGCUGGCAUCGACAUCAACCGGCAAACCAAGGCGGGCACAGCGCUGCACGAGGCGGCCCUCUGCGGCAAGACGGAUGUGGUGCGGCUGCUGCUGGAUAGUGGGAUCAACGCCCAUGUCAGGAACACCUAUAACCAGACGGCUCUGGACAUCGUCAACCAGUUCACCACCAGCCAGGCCAGCAAGGAGAUCAAGCAGAUGCUGCGGGACGCCUCCGCCGCUCUGCAGGUCCGGGCCGUCAAGGACUAUUGCAACAACUACGACCUGACCAGCCUCAACGUGAAAGCUGGGGACGUCAUCACCGUGCUGGAGCAGCAUGCGGACGGGCGCUGGAAGGGCUGCAUUCACGACAACCGGACAGGCAAUGACCGCGUGGGCUACUUCCCCUCCAGCCUCGUCGAGGCCAUAAGCAAACGAACAGGGUCCCGCGGGGCCGACAUGAGCCCGUCCCACCUCUCACCGUCGCAGGGUGGAUCGGCCACGCCGGCUCCCACGGAGGAGAUCUGGGUGCUGCGGAAACCCUUCACAGGUGGUGACCGCAGCAGCCUGGGCAGUACGGGCAGCGUGGCCUCUGCCCGCAGCUCGGGGAGCGGGCAGAGCAUGGGCAGCGGGGCACAUGCCCUGCACGCUGGCUCUGAAGGCGUCAAGCUGCUGGCAACGGUCCUUUCCCAGAAGGCUUCUGCGCAAGAGACUGCCGUGGGCGAUGGGCCGGCCAAGGCGCAGGACAUCCCCGCAGGUUCGUCGCGGUCGCAGAGUGUGGCCAGCUCCCCGUAUGCCCCCCAGCCCCCCACUGAGCCCCAGCUGAAAAAGAUGGAGCCGCCAUCGGAGGGGAAGAGCUCGGAGGCCGUGUACCAGUGGCUGUGCAAGUUCCAGCUGCAGCUCUAUGCGCCCAACUUCAUCAACGCUGGCUACGACAUCACCACCAUUAGCCGGAUGACGCCAGAGGACCUCACGGCCAUCGGUGUCACCAAACCGGGGCACAGGAAGAAGAUCGCCUCUGAGAUCAACAACCUCAAUAUCCCCGAGUGGCUGCCGGAGUACAAACCGGCCAACCUGGCACUGUGGCUCUCCAUGAUCGGGCUGUCCCAGUACUACAAGGUGCUGGUGGAGAACGGCUACGAGAACAUCGACUUCAUCACCGACAUCACCUGGGAGGACCUGCAGGAGAUCGGCAUCACCAAGCUGGGCCACCAGAAGAAGCUGAUGCUGGCGGUGAAGAAGCUGGCGGAGCUGCAGCGCGCCGAGCUGGGCAAGUACGAGCCGGGCACGCUGAAGAGGAAGGCGGCGGCGGCGGCGUGCCCAGAGGUGCUGGCCAUCGAGUCCCCCCCGCCGGAGCCGCCCGAGUGCCAGUCGCCCAAGAUGACCACCUUCCAGGACAGCGAGCUCAGCAGCGAGCUGCAGGUGGCCAUGACAGGCGAAGCCCCCGAGGAGCCCCCCGAGAAGGCAGCGAACCCCGCGGCCCCUGGCUACCGCUCGCCCCCAGGGCUGGGUGGCCGCACCAGGCUGAUGAGCAGCUCUCAGGAGCUGCUGGGGGACGGCCCGCGGGCCCCCCCCACCGCUGCAAUCUCCAAGAGCCAGGAGUACCUGGCAGAGGGGGCCAGCGAGAGCCCCCCCGCACCGCCCAAGGAGGGGCGCCCACCCCGACAUGGCCACCCUGUCAAGCGUGCCAGCGUGCCCCCGGUGCCUGGCAAGCCCCGGCAGCCCUUCCCGCCCUCCGCCGGGCACCUGACGCCGCCGCAGACCCCCGGCAAGCCGCGGCCCCCCUCCCCACAGGGCCCACCAGCACCCCACGCCACCGCCAAGGUGAAGCCCACCCCGCAGCUGCUGCCACCGGGAGAGCGCCCCGCGUCACCCCGCUCCCUACCCCAGUCACCCACCCAUCGUGGCUUUGCCUACGUCCUGCCGCAGCCCACCGAGGGCGAGGGGGGACCCCCAGGGGUGCCCGUCCUACCCGUCUCAGUGCCGGUGCUCUGCCUGCCACCGGCGGGCGAGGGUGAGGAGGAGCCGGGGCGGCCGAAGAAGCGGGCGCACAGCCUGAACCGCUAUGCUGCCUCCGACAGCGAGCAGGAGCGGGACGAGCUGCUGGUGCCGGACGCGGGGCCCUAUGCCACCGUCCAGCGGCGUGUGGGACGCAGCCACUCGGUGCGGGCACCCACCGGCGGCGACAAGAACGUCAACCGCAGCCAGUCCUUCGCUGUCCGCCCCAAGAAAAAGGGGCCCCCACCGCCCCCCCCCAAGCGCUCCAGCUCCGCCAUCUCCAGCGCUGGCAUGGCUGAGGACUUCCCCAAGGAGGGUGAGGGAGAGAGCCGCCGGGAGCAGCGGCGAGCCAGCGACCUGGGCGGCAGCGUGGACACGGGCAGUGCCGGCAGCGUGCGCAGCAUCGCAGCCAUGCUGGAGAUGUCCUCCAUCGGUGGCGGGGCUCGGGCGCUGGCGCUGCAGAAGCCGCAUGGAGCCGGCGGGCCGGGGCUGGCCAAGGCACCCGAGGGCUACUACCUGCAGCCGGGGGCCCCCCCGGGCAGCCCCGAGCGUGCCCGCGUGGCUACCGUCCUGGCCACCGUCAAGCACAAGGAGGCCAUCGGGCUGGAUGGGGAGGUGGUGAACCGGCGCCGGACCAUCAGCGGCCCCGUCACUGGGCUGGUGGCAGCUGCCCGCCGCGAGCGUGCCGACAGUGUGCGAUCGGAGGCAGGUGCCGACGGCCCCAGUGAGCGGCUGCGGGUUGAGCGCGGUGGCUCCCCGGAUGGCAUCCCGUUCGCCGAGGAGGGCAACCUCACCAUCAAGCAGCGGCCGCGGCCCCUGGGGCCGGCCCGGGGGGAGGCGGGCGAGGGGCUGUCCCCGGCCCACCGCCACGGGGACCUGGCCAAGGUGGAAGCCAGCGCCACGCUCAAGCGGCGGAUCCGGGCCAGGCAGAGCCAGCAGGACGGCGUCCGCUUCGUCCUCACCGAGUCCGACACCGUCAAGCGCCGGCCCAAGGCCAAGGACAAGGAGCCGGCACUGGAGCCAGCCCCGCUCGCUGUCUACCAGAACGGCACCGGCACCGUCAAGCGGCGGCCGGCCUCCGAGCUGAGCGGCGCCGAGCCGCCCCCCACCCCGCCACCCGCCACCCGCCCUGAUGGCCCCGACUACGCCCUACCGCCCGCCGAGCCCAAGAAGCCCUUCAAGCCGCCGGUGUCCCCCAAGCCUGUGCUGCCGCAGCCACCCCAGAAGAUGCCGGGGCCUCCAGCACCCAUCCCUAAAAAGGUGCCCAUCCCGAGCCCCGGCAGCCCAGAGGUGAAGCGGGUCCAUGGCACGCCGCCCCCGGUGUCCCCCAAGCCCGUGCCACCCCCUACGGCACCCAAGCCUCCCAAGCCCCACGCCGCCAUCCAGUCGGUGAGCGCUGGCUCCACGCCGGCCCCGUCCCCUGCCCGGCAGCUGGGCGCUGCCGCCGCCAAGCCCUCCAGCACGCCGCCCUCGCUCUGCUCCAGCCCUGCCAAGCCCCUCUCGCCCGGUGCGCAGCCCCAGCAGGUGCCGGUGAAGCCGCCACGCUCCGCCAUUGCCGGCCCCUCCGUCGACAGCGCCGGCCCCGAGCUGGCGCAGCAGAAGCUGGAGGAGACAAGCGCGUCCCUGGCCGCCGCGCUGCAGGCUGUGGAGGAGAAGAUCAAGCAGGAGGACAGUCAGGGACCCUGCGGUGCUGCUGCAUCGAAGAGCACCGUGAGCAUCCUGGACGACAUCGGCAGCAUGUUCGACGACCUGGCGGACCAGCUGGACGCCAUGCUGGAGUGA